CCCGGUCCCGCGGCAGCUCCGGGCGCUGCACUCCCGUGUGUGUCGGCUUCCGAAGGCCAGGUGUCCAGCGCCAAGGGCGCCUCAGGACACGAUGCCGUCAUCCCGGGCUCCGUGGCCGGCCCUGUCCGUGGUGCUGAUUCUGCUCGGGGGCCCUCCACCGGCCGCGCGCGCCUGUCCUCACCCUUGUGCCUGCUACGUCCCCAGCGAGGUCCACUGCACGUUCCGGUCCUUGGCUUCUGUGCCCGCCGGGAUCUCCAAACAUGUGGAAAGAAUCAACUUGGGGUUUGUUUUCAAGUUCAGCUACAAUAAGCUUCGUGUGAUCACAGCGCAGACCCUGCAGGGGCUCUGGAGCUUAAUGAGGCUGCACAUGGACCACAACAAGAUCGAAUUCAUCCACCCGCAGGCAUUCAACGGCUUGACUUCCUUGAGGCUGCUGCACUUGGAGGGGAACUUGCUGCACCAGCUUCACCCCGGCACAUUCUCCACAUUCAUGUUUCUGGAUUAUUUCAGACUCUCCACCAUCAGACACCUCUACCUGGCCGACAACAUGAUUAAGACUCUUCCCCCAGGAAUGUUCCGGAACAUGCCUCUUCUGGAAAAUGUCUACCUGCAUGGCAACCCGUGGUCGUGUGACUGUAAGAUGAAGUGGUUGCUGGAAUGGGACACGGGAUCCAAAGGAACUCUGAAGUGUAAAAAGGACAAAGCCUAUGAAGGUGGUCAGUUAUGUGCCAUGUGCUCCCGUCCCCAGAAAUUACACAAGCAAGAAAUUCACAAGCUCAAGGACAUUACUUGUGUGAAGCCUUCCAUCGAGUCACCUCUGAGACAGAACAGGAGCGGGAACAGCGAGGAGGAGCAGGAACAAGAAGAAGACAGUGACAGCGAGCUCUCCCUGGACGGCUUCCAGGUCCCCCCGUGGAACAUCUCUUUGAACAUGACCGACGAACACGGGAACACAGUGAACCUGGUCUGUGGCAUCAAGAAGCCUACAGACCUGUACAAAGUUCACUUGAACCAGACCGAUCCACAAGAGAUCGAUAUAAAUGCAACCGUCGCCAUGGACUUCGAGUGUCCCAUGACUCGGGAAAACUAUGAGAAGCUGUGGAAACUGAUCGCGUAUUACAGUGAGGUGCCCGUGAAGCUGAACCAGGAACUCCCGCUCGGCAAAGACCCCAAGGUCAGCUCCCAGUACCGGCAAGACGCCGAUGAUGACGCCCUUUACUACACGGGUGUCAGAGCCCACAUUCUUGCGGAGCCAGACUGGGUCAUGCAGCCUUCCAUCGACAUCCAACUCAACCGACGUCUGAGUACGGCCACAAAGGUGGUGCUCUCCUACUAUUCCCACUAUUCGCUAACGAUGCCCGCCAAAGACGCCAGGCAGUCUCGGAGCAGAAGCUGGGUCAUGAUCGAGCCCAGCAGCGCAGGGCAAACAGCCCACACGGUCUUGGAAGGCGGUCCGUGCCAGCUAAGCUGUAACGUGAAGGCUUCUGAGAGUCCAUCCAUCUUCUGGGUGCUCCCGGAUGGCUCUGUCCUCAAAGCGCCCAUGGAGGACCAGGAUGGCAAGUUCUCCAUCCUGACCAGUGGCUGGCUGAGGAUCAAAUCAACGGAGCAGUCAGACUCCGGUUUGUACCAGUGCGUUGCUCAGGUGAGGGAUGAAAUGGACCGCAUGGUGUACAGGGUCUUUGUGCAACCACACGCCACUCAGCCACCUGACGGACGCACGCUGACAAUUGAAAAGAACCCAGGGGAACCGGUGCUGUUGCCUUGCAGUGCGUUGGCCAUACCCGAAGCCCAGCUCACUUGGAUCCUUCCAAACAAAAGGAUAGUUAAUGAUGUGGCUAACACGUCGCAUGCGUACAUGUUGGCCAACGGAACUCUCUCCAUCCCAAAGGUCCAAGUCAGCGAUGACGGUUACUACAGAUGUGUGGCUGUCAACCAGCAAGGGGUAGAUCACUUUACGGUGGGAGUCACUGUGAGUAAGAAAGGAUCCGGCCGGUCAUCGAACAAAGGCGGACACCCAGGUGGGAAGCGUCUUUCGAGGUUGCCAGGAGACGUCAUCAAGGACGAAGGCGGUUCCGGCGUAGGCGAGGAAGAGAACGCUUCAAGGAGAGUGCUACACGCAAAGGACCAAGAGACGCUCAUCAAAGCAAAAGAUGACGCCGUCACUGGGGGUAAGAAAACCAAGAAAGGGCGAAGGAAACUCAAGCCCUGGAAGAAUCCCGAAAAAGAACCAGCGACGAACGUUGCCGAAGGUCGCAGGGUGUUCGAGUCCAGACGAAGGAUAAAUAUGGCAAACAAACAGAUUAAUCCAGAACGCUGGGCAGACAUUUUAGCCCGAGUACGGGGGAAAAACCUCCCCAAGGGAACUGAGAUACCCCAGGGCAUUAAAUCCACCGCUCCUCCCUCCGUGAGCACAGAGUUGACACCCCUUUUGCCUGCUGUUCCUCCCCCCUCGGUGUCACCUGCACAGGCCACCACCAGCGCUGAAGAAACCUCAGCAGACACGUCUCUAUUUGGUGAAGAAGAUCAGGUUUCCAGCACCGUGUCCUCAACCAGGAUGGGGCUGGAGAAUGGGCAUGAUGGAGUGAUUCUUGCUGAACCCAAAGUGUCAAGCACGCAUCUGGAAGAAUUUAUCGACCUUGACUUUUCCAAGACUGAGGAUGCAACGCCCACUCAAGUUGACCCAGAGGGGGCUACAACCAUGGCACUGAUAUCUAUGCCUUAUGAGUCUUCUCCUCCUCCCCAGACCCUGGACACAGUCUACCAAGAGCCCGCCAGUGGAAACACAGGCGCAGAGAGCUGGCCUGCAGCGGAGGUCGGAUCUGUGCCAGAACCUACAUCAGAUGGGUAUGAAUCUCCCCUGGGUGCCGUCGCCUUGGCCGAGUCUGAGACUGUGCCAUACAUUUACCCAGAUUUGGAGACCAGCUCACAACCAGAGGAAGAGAACAUGAAACAGCUGACCUUUCCUCAGCUGACGCCAACCCCCGUCUUGUGGGUCGAUGAUUCCAGGACCUCUGAGCCAUUGGAUGCUCUCACAUUAGGGGAGGUGGCUGUCCUACCACAAGGUCAUCCACAGAGGCAAACAGACAGCACCCCGCUUGGGAAAGGUGCUUUAACCCCUCAGGGAAAUCCACUGACUGAAAAGGACACAGAAGACCAUUCUCAGGCACGACGGGAAGGAGAUACACCAGAGACGGACCCCACAAAGUCCAGAGGUCCUGAGAGUCUGGGAAAGCAAGUCAAGUCUACGACUCCCCUUGACUCUGCUCCCAGAGUGACGAAUGGCAUCACUACCUCUAAACGUCCCCUGGAGACCACAGUUGGUGCUCUCUUUGACAAGGACACUGCCACGGUACCAACAGUGACACCAACCCAAAAGGCCACUUUGGCUUGGGGCCUGACCACUCACACUUCUCGCAAGAGACCCAAUGGGAGGAAGAGAUUACGCCCCCACCGAUUCCGACACCGGCAUAAACAAACCCCUCCCACAACUUCUGCCGCCAUGGAGACUUUUUCUAUUGCACCUACUCAAGUACCGGAAGCGAAGGUUCCAGGGCCCGUGGGGAGUUCUCCGGUGCCGACAUCCUGGACGGACAGCACCGUGGGUAUCCCCAAGCAGCCGCAAAGUGAGAAGCAGGCAGAACCAGUUUCCAAAGGAACCCCAAGAAGGAAACACGGGAAGAGGCCAAAUAAACAUCGAUAUUCGACAUCCACAAGGAGCUUUCCCACGUCUGCCGUGACACCCAGCCCUUCCCCGAAAAACAAACAUGAAACCGUCAUUGUCUCCAGUCCGGAAAGUCCACUCUUAUCUACAACCGAUUCUCUGACAACCAGGGACCCACAGGACAUGACUACAGUGGGAGCUUCUAUGGCAACUGCCACAAAAAGACACCUGUCACCCAAUAAACUCCAUGAGACCAUUCCAGUCACCUAUACACCUGUAUCGGAUGGAAAGGAAGUGAAGAAUUACGGUGUCCCAAACAUGAAUGAGCAUAAAACCGACAGCUCAGUCCCUGAUGACCCCGUCAGUUUUGCUGCAUCACCUCCUGGCUCUGAGGUCUCCACCAGGGGAGAAUUCCAGGAGGCAUCUGCUCCAUCAAGCUUUCCCGGAGCCUCACACUGGAAUCCCCCAGGAGCAGCCCAGCCUGGGUGGCCGCACACACACACACCUUCUACCGGCUCUGUGGAAACCCUGACAGACUCACCUUUCCUUAAACGGUCGGAGGAUCUGGGUUUUCCUUCUGCAUUUCCUCCAUCAGUUGCAGCAUCGACGCCGUUUCAACCAGAAGUGGUUGUUUCAACCCCUGUUUCAAGCAUAAACGUAGAGCCGUCUCCAAGUCAGGGAGAAACCACCAUGGGUGCUCACGAUGUUCACAAAACCACGCCAGCUGAAGUUCGACCUCGGACUCAUGCUUCGACUCCCGCUCCCAUGGAGGAGGCUGCCUCCUCAUCCCUGGCCAUCACUCUUGUGCCCGUGACCCAGACCUUCACGGAGCCCACAUCUCUUGCUUCAGAGACACCUCCAACAUCAACAGAUUCCAAAGAAAACGUUUUCUUGAAUUACGUGGGGAUCCCAGAAACCAAACCAGCCCCCGUGAAUCAGGACAGAACUCAACAUGUAUCAAGGCCACAGGAAUUAUCCACGCCUUCUCCCAACCGGGAUAAAUUUGCCUUGACCCCAAAGCAAGAGCUGGAAAAGGAAGCAGUUGAUGGACAGACUGAAAACAGUCUUCCUCGUGGACCCGAUGGUAAGGCGGGGAGGGUCCCGGUCUCCCCCCAGCCAGCCAGGGUUCCUGCCAAGCCAGUCCCACCGAGGGGGACAGUGAGGCCACCACACAUGGCCACGGAAGGCUCCUUUCGAUACUUCGUAACUCCUCAGCCCCCUCAUCACUUGACCAACAAACCGGAAAUAACGGUGUACCCUUCAAGGAUGUUUCCAGAAAAUAAGCACUUGACGACUCCAAGAUUACCAAGUACAAGUCCCCUUGUUCCCACACAGAAGCCCAAACCUCAUGUUCCUGGCAAGUUUCAAGACCAAGGAAUGGACCGGUUCAGUGUCAACCCCAAGGUCUUUGGGAAUAACAAGAUCCCGGAUCUAAGAGAACCUGUUGGAAGGCUUCCAAGUUCAAGGGUCCCCCAUUAUCCCAAUGGAAGAUUCCCUUUCUUUUUCAACAGGACUCUGUCUUUCCCACAGUGGGGAGUUACUCCAAAGCCCCAGAUGCCAACGUCUCCUGCCCCCGGCAUAAGAGAGAGAAAAGGCAACCCAGGUCCCUACAAUAGGAUACAUUCUCAGAGCAUUAUCCACAUGGAGUUUGGUCCCCCCGCACCUCCAUUAUUGCACCCUCCCCGGGCCACGGGGCCUCCCUCCACAAACCUACAGAACAUCCCUGCGGUCUACUCCACACGGAGCUCCAUCCCCAUCCUGGUGUCCUCUGGCCAGCCUUCCAGAAGCUUCCAUCAGAGCAGCUCCAAGCUGUUCUCUGCUGGGGGACCACCUGCAUCCAAAUUCUGGACGCAUGGGGAAAAGCCCCAAAUUAUCACCAAGUCCCCUCAGACUGUGUCUGUCACCGCAGAGACGGACGCUGUGUUCCCAUGUGAGGCAACAGGGAGACCCACACCCUUCAUCACCUGGACAAAGGUUUCCACAGGUGCUCUGAUGACCCCUAACACCAGGCUGCAGCGGUUCGAGGUCUUGAAGAACGGCACGUUUGUCAUCCGGAAGGUCCAGGUGCAGGACCGUGGCCAGUACAUGUGCACUGCCCAGAACCUGCACGGGGUGGACAGGAUGGUGUUCCUGCUGUCCGUCACCGUUCAACAGCCCCAAAUCCUCGCCUCCCACUACCAGGACGUCACCGUGUACCUGGGAGACACGAUCGCCAUGGAGUGUCUGGCCAAGGGCACCCCAGCGCCCCAAAUCUCCUGGAUUUUCCCGGACAGGAGGGUGUGGCACACCGUGUCCCCCGUGGAGGGCAGGGUCACGUUGCACGAAAACAGGACCCUGUCCAUCAAAGAAGCCUCCUUCUCAGACAGAGGCGUCUACAAGUGCGUGGCCAGCAACGCGGCCGGCGCAGACAGCCUGGCCAUCCGGCUGCACGUGGCGGCGCUGCCCCCGGUCAUCCACCAGGAGAAGCUGGAGAACAUCUCGCUGCCCCCGGGGCUCAGCAUUCACAUCCACUGCACCGCCAAGGCCGCGCCCCUGCCCAGCGUGCGCUGGGUGCUGUGGGAUGGCACCCAGGUCCGCCCCUCGCAGUUCAUCAACGGGAACCUGUUCGUCUUCCCCAACGGCACGCUCUACAUCCGCAACCUGGCGUCCAAGGACAGUGGCCGCUACGAAUGCGUGGCCACCAACCUGGUGGGCUCGGCGCGCAGGGUCGUGCAGCUGAGCGUGCAGCGAGCGGCGGCCAAUGCGCGCAUCACCGGCACCUCCCCGCAGACCACCGACGUGCGCUACGGCGCAACCCUGCGUCUGGACUGCAGCGCAUCCGGGGACCCCUGGCCGCGCAUCCUCUGGCGCCUGCCAUCCAAGCGCAUGAUGGACUCGCUGUUCAGCCUCGACACGAGAAUCAAGGUGUUUGCCAACGGGACUCUGGUGGUGAAAUCUGUCACGGACAAGGAUGCGGGGGAUUACCUGUGUGUCGCCCGGAAUAAGGUUGGUGACGACUUUGUCGUGCUCAAGGUGAACGUGGUCAUGAAAGCGGCCCAGAUCGAGCACAAGGAGGAGAAUGACCACAAGGUCUUCUACGGGGGUGACCUGAAAGUGGACUGCGUGGCCACUGGGCUCCCCAACCCUGAGGUCUCCUGGAGCCUCCCGGACGGCAGCCUGGUCAACUCCUUCAUGCAGUCUGACGACGGCGGUGUUCGAACCAAACGCUAUGUGGUUUUCAACAACGGGACCCUCUACUUCAAUGACGUGGGCAUGCGGGAGGAAGGGGAUUACACCUGCUUUGCCGAAAACCAGGUGGGUAAGGAUGAGAAGAGAGUGCGGGUCAAGGUGGUGACGGAGCCCCCUGCCAUCCGGAACAAGACGUACGCCGUGGUCCAGGUUCCCUACGGCGACGUGGUCACCGUGCCGUGUGAAGCCAAAGGGGAGCCCACGCCCAGGGUGACGUGGCUUUCUCCAACCAACAGGCUGAUCCCCGCCUCCUCCGAUAAGUACCAGAUAUACCAGGAUGGCACGCUUCUCAUUCAGAAAGCUCAGCGCUCAGACAGUGGCAAUUACACCUGCGUGGUCAGGAACAGCGCCGGGGAGGACCGGAAAACGGUCUGGGUCCAUGUCAACGUCCAGUCGCCCACCAUCAAUGGGCACCCCAAUGCCAUCACCACUGUGCGGGAGAUCGCGGCGGGAGGGAGCCGCAAACUCAUUGACUGCCAGGCGGAAGGCAUCCCCACCCCGAGGGUCUUGUGGGUCUUUCCCGAGGGCGUGGUUCUGCCGGCCCCUUACUACGGGAACCGGAUCACCAUCCAUCGCAACGGCACGCUGGACAUCAGGAGUCUCAGGAAGAGCGACUCCGUGCAGUUGGCAUGCAUCGGCCGCAACGAGGGAGGGGAAGCCAGGCUGAUUGUGCAGCUCACGGUCUUGGACCCCGUGGAGAAGCCCGUCUUCCACGACCCGGUCAGCGAGAAGAUCACCGCCAUGGCCGGCCACACCAUCAGUCUCAACUGCUCGGCCGCAGGGACCCCGACGCCCACCCUGCUGUGGGUCCUUCCCAACGGGACGGAGCUCCAGAGCGGCCGGCAGCUGCAGCGAUUCUACCACAAGGGGGAUGGCAUGCUGCACAUCAGUGGGCUCUCCUCCGUGGACGCCGGUGCUUACCGCUGCGUGGCCCGCAACUCGGCCGGCUACACGGAGCGGCUGGUCUCUCUGAAGGUGGGACUGAAACCCGAGGUCAGCAACCAGUACCACAAUCUGGUGAGCAUCAUCAACGGGGAGACCCUGCAGCUGCACUGCACCCCUCCGGGCGGCCGGGCGGCUCGCCUCUCUUGGACGCUCCCCAACGCCAUGCUGUUGGAGGGCCCCCAGACACGGGGGCGCUUUUCCCUCUGGGAAAAUGGCACCCUCACAGUGCGCGAAGCCUCCGUCUUCGACAGGGGAACCUACAUCUGCAAGGUGGACACGGAGUAUGGCCCGUCCGUGGUGAGCUUUCCCGUUAUCGUGAUCGCGUACCCGCCGCGAAUCACCAGUGAGCCAACACCCGUCAUCUACACGCGGCCCGGGAACACCGUCAAGAUGAACUGCAUGGCCAUGGGGAUUCCCAAGGCCGAGAUCACCUGGGCCCUGCCGGACAAGUCGCACCUGACCGCCGGGACGCAGGCUCGUCUGUAUGGAAACAGAUUCCUUCACCCACAGGGCUCGCUGACCAUCCAGCAGGCCACACACAGAGACGCGGGUUUCUACAAGUGCACUGCCAAAAACAUCCUAGGCACGGACUCGAAAACCACAUAUAUCCACGUCCACUGAAACGCCUCCUCUGGAAUGUAGACUCCACCGUUAGAACAAAGCGUCAUUUGUAAGGACAGCCGCCUCAGUCAGCCGGUCAGAACUCUUAACGGAUCUCUCACGGUGCUUGGGGGCCCCCGUCUGGGUUUCAGGUUCAUGUUGACCUUGACCUAUGCUUGUCGGCAAAAGGAAGCAAGUGCCAACACAAGAAGGAAGGUUUGGCCUCGCCGGGGACCUUCAUUCGUGUUUAUGGGAUUGCGUGUGCUCACAGGAGCUGGGCACAUGUGGUGCUGUCUGAUUUGUAGACACCGAGUCUGCUUUACUGGGCAUCUGUAGCAGACCUAAGGAGCACUCACUGAAAAUAAACAAUAGAGAUGACCAGUGCCUUGCGACUCUGUAGAAGAUGCAUCCUCUAGUUAACCUGCUGCACUCCUAACAGGAUAGAAUGUUCUAGAAUGACUACCUGUCUUCCACUUAGGUCUUGUCACUUUAGAACUCCAGCUUGCCCGGGACGGGCUUAGAAACACAGUGACUGAUGUCUUUGUAAUGUCCAAGCUUCCUACAAUAGAGCUACCAUUUUAUAUGGGACUCACUUUUUAUAUAAUGGACUCACUUUCUCCCUGGAACUCACUUUCUAUAUAAUGUCUUACAUAAAGACAUUUUUUUAUAUUUCUCUUUCCAGUCAGACGAUGAGGCUAGAAAGAAAGAAAUGCUUUCUGCCUCAUUAAAAAUAAUAAAUUAUUGGUCUUUACAAGACUUGGAUUCAUGAGAGCAGGCAUGGAAAUGCAAUUGAAAAAAAAAAUACCCUCAAACUUCCUUGAGCUAACUCAGUAACUGCUAUCAUAUUACCUUCUCUGGUACCCCUACGGUGUGGGAGGCCAGGAUAUUGGAUUUCCUUGUUUGGGGAUUUAUCGUGAGAGCUGAAGUCGGCGGGGGGAGAGGGCAGGAGAGAGUUAAGCCAUGCCCCUGCACAAUGAAUCCAAGACCUCCCGGGAAAGCCCGGAAAUGUCUGUCCCUCACACAACGCCCAGUUGGUGUGUGCUCAUGGAAAAUAGGAGACGUGUUAUCCUCGUGACUGCUUUACUGUAUUUUUAAGGUCAAUAUAAUGUACAUUUGAUAAUAAAAUAAUAUUUUCCAAAUAA